GCAGAACGAGUGUGGGAAUAUUUAAACAACUUCCUGGCAAUUCGUUAAAAUUCACGAAAAACCGCUGCGUUUAAAUCUCACAACAAACCAAAGGAAAUCGUCUUGCUGUUUUAGUAGAAAAGUUCCGCUACCCAUUGCGUUUAAUGUGUUAUCUUCAUAAUGUCUGAGUCUUCGUUUGACACAAGUGCCGCCGAAACUGCUCAAUCUUUUACAAGUGGACUUUCUCUGGGUCAAUGCAUCAAAAAAACAGAAGAAGAGUCCAAACCAACAAAAUGGUAUGAGUUGCAGCCAACAUUUGAAAAUCAAUGGCACACUUUGCAAGGAGAACCUGUUGGGUCAUCUGCACAGGCUUCUCUCUAUGAAGAUAUAACACAGGUCCCUAUAACAGAAGAUUCUAUUCAAACUCAUAACAAAAGCAUCAGCCAAAAAGAAGAGCAAGACCCAAUAUCCCGUUUACUCCAAUCCACCACAACUCCCCUGGAAGAGCUAAAGAAAACUUACCACGAUAACAUUUUGCCCAAUUCCUCAAGCUUUUAUACAGCAGGUACCAAUGUACAAGAUCCAUACACAUCCACAUAUAGUGGGAAACCAAAAGUAGCUUGGUCAACUAAACCAGAUGAAGCAACUACUGCUGCAGAUACUGCAGAUAAUCAGUCAUUGAGUGACACACUGUCUGUUGAAAUGAUCACCAACAUUCUGGAAAAAGACGACUCACUUGCACAGAGAGUUCGAGAGUUACUUGAAGAUGAAAAAUCAUCAGAACAAAGUGAACCUGAUCUGCUUAAAGAGCAAUCAACCACAAACCGAUUCCCUGAACUCCUACAAACCGAAACACCAACUUCCGUUAAACAAUAUCAAGACCAAACAACCAAGACGACAGAAACUGAGAUCACAAAAACUUCUGUUGCUUCGUCAUCCCCUAGCAGCUCUAUACCUUCAUUCAAGGAGUCCAAAGAUUUUCCUACCUCAAAGCCUGUUCAUACCAUUGAUAAUAAAGCUGACACACCGUCUAUACCACAACCACAAUCAACCUCAAUAACAAGGUCUGAUCGUUUAUCAUUCGACCCCUUAUUCAGUUUAAAUUCAACUCGUAGCACUGAGUACGGCGAUCUCCCUGAUGCUGUGGACAUCCCACAAGAUAUAGUGGAUCGAAUAAACAGUCUACGGAUGUCUCAACGUGAGGAAAAUGCACUAUCUAUUGCAAGUAUAAUUGAGACACAGCCUAAGUAUGCUUGGUCUGACACAAAGCAAGCAAUAAACCAUGUCCCUUCAUCCGCACCACAAACUUCAGUUGUUGUAAGCAAAUAUACCAGCCUUAACAAGCAGACAUCGAAUACCAACCAAGACCAACCUACACAACUCAGUGGUGGCAUCCCAAUAGCUGGGGAUGUACAGUACCACACUGGGUCAAACCCCAUUACUCCACAAUUCCCAGUUGAAGAAGAUAAAUUGCUCCAACUUCACACCUACAUCACUAAGAAGACAGGAUUUUCAUCCAUUUCUCCUCUUGUAUCCGGAAACGCCCGACUUCCAAGUCCUCCAGAUUAUUCCUCAGUAACCAAUGAUGCUGAAGAUCUUCCUGUUGUUUCUUCUUCUUCUUCUUCUCUUCCAGUGUCUCAUCCCAUCACCGUGGAUGUUGCUCAUGAUGUUGAAGAUCCCGUUGAUGUAAUUGGAUCAGAGAGGAAAGAGCCUGAAGGAAUGAGUCCUCCCAUUACAACAGCUGCUCCAUUGUCAACUUUAAGUAAACCAAUCCCCGACAACAACUUGUACAGAAAUCUAAAUGUUCCAAAUAAUUUUUUCCCCCAAAGUGGUAUCAAAAAUCCUGAUAAAAGUUUUGCCGAUGAGUCCUUGCUUGCAAAGAUUAAAUCUGUGUUGUCUGACUCCAUGAUGUCUCAGAUGGAUGAAUCUCAAGAUCCCAACAUCCUGGUGUCCGGAGGAGAGAGGAGUAUAAACAGCAGCAUUGAUUCUCUUGCUGUUCAAGUGAAAGCGCUCUUGGAGGAGGAAAUUCCUCUUGCUCUAAACGGUAGUGGAAACGAAAUGGACCAAUCGAAUCUAAGUGAGGCUAUUGAGAACUUUGAAAACACUGAGAUAUGGAAAUACGUGAUGCAAUUCUUGCCCACUGUGGAGAGUGGUAGAGAUAUGGUGGAUGGAAAUCGCAAUGAAGCUUAUUCAAACAAGCAAGAAACAACUGGCAAUGGAAGUCUUGAUGAUUCUGCCAUUGGUAACUCAUUCCUUGAGAGAGUUAGAUUUGAAUACAGGAAAGAGAAAGUUCUUCAGGAGAAACAGAGGAUAUUAAAUGAUCCCGAUGUCACUGCAGAAACAAGGAUUAGAAGAGAUGAUAUUAAAGUCCAAGAUAUAAGUUCCCAUACAUCCAAGUCCAAUGCACACACACCUACUAUGGGCAACUAUAAACCUACCCAACCACCCUACGACCCUCAUCAAACAAAAGAAUCCUCUAAGUUUGACGAGAGUAAUAUUUCUAUUCCAACAUCAACCCCUGAUGAGGAGCUUAGCUUCCACAGGAUCACAGAGAGUCAUUCAACUCCUGAUCCCAACUCCUCUCAUCCUCCAACUUCCUUCCAAAGAUAUGAAUCCAUUCCUGGCAUCCCAUCUUUCAAAAGGAGCGUUUUAUCUCCAUCCGUAUCAACCAACUCAUCUUCAUCAUCAACUCCAAGACCACAGGAACACCUGGAGAAGCCAAAGGAGCAAGUGAAGCCUGUUUCAUUCACUCCUUAUAAGUCAAAUGCAACGAAUGUGAUCUCAAAUCAAAUAUCCAGGGCAAACCAAAGGAAUUUCAACUAUACAAUGACUCCAGCCAAACCUUUGCCUGUACCUGAUUUGCAACCUACUGACUCAGUGAAGCAAAACAAGGAAGCAAGUUUUGAUCAUCUUCGCGUUUCUUCUUUUGUUUCGGAAAUUUCACAGAAAUCAGAACCAAAUAUAAGGGCUAAAGAAAGCUACCAACCCAAGCAAGAACCACCAAGUCCUUACAUUAGAUCUGCUUACUUUGACACAAAACCAACUUACAACACAGCAAGUAAUCCUACAAAGGGAUCCCACCACACACAUAGAAAUGACUUUACCCACCAGAAAGAGGUCACCCCUCAACCAUCCUCGAAAAAUACAAGAGGUUCUCCCAAACAAUCUUCUUCUCGUGUUAGAAAUGGAAGAGAAACUCAACAUACGACAUACAGAAGUCCACCUCGUAACAGUGGAGAGAAAUUCCCUCAGCGUGAAAAACUAAAAAGCAGUGUCAAAUAUCUUCCCACUUUUGCUGAAUUGAUGAAACAGCAAGAAAGAGAAGAAAAUAAAAGUCACCAUCAGGAUUUAGAUGUUAUACCAACUAAUGAUAGAAAACCACCUUUGAGACCUGUUGAUGUAAAUAAAGAGGAUAAGCUGGUUUUGGGAAGUCUUCCUAAGAUCACAGUGAAGACACCUGUAGUGGAUGUGAGGUUAAAGAAGGAUUCAUCGGAAGAAUCGGUUGUGACGACUGAUAAGUCGAUCAGGAACUUGGAAAUAUCUUCUUGCAGGCCCGAGAUACCUUCAGAUGAUUCUUACCAAGAUGCAAGCCUAACUAACGGGGAUGGGAAUUUAUCCUCUGGGAAGACAGGAUCAACAAGUGAUCUUGACAUCCAGAGGAGGAUAGUUAAUCAUGGAGCAUUGGAAGAAGAUAGAAAUACAUCUAGGAGAAAAUCACAGAGCAAGAUGCCUCUUACUCUUCAGGAGUUCCAGCAACUUGGGGAAGACUCACAGAGGAGGUUGGUAAACAGAUUCUUACCUGGUUUAAAAGAGAAGAAGAACACAUCAAGAGGUGGAAGAUCGCAUCAUUCUGCUCCCGCAUCCGGACCUAAGUCCUCUGCUGAACCAACCACUGAUGACUUCACCACGAAUGCUGUGUGUGAUAGUGAUAGCACAGAGUAUUGUGAUCUUCCAGACUCCAGGCCCGCUUCUUCUCUUCCCAAGGACUCCACAGUGGAGAGACUCCUAGGAGUAGAUGAAUCAAGAGCAGAGAUCAUCAUGAGAAGAUUGAUGGAUAAAAUAGAGCGACAAAAAGUGAAGGAAGGUUCUCCAAGAUUGCGACACGCAAGGAGUCCGGCAUCUUCCAGCACUCCACAGCGAGUCCAUGCUGCCAUUAUUCCUCCUGAAGCAAGCUCCAUUGCAUCCACUGAUACAGAUGCAAGGAGCGUCCACUUCGUGAAAGUCAGGGAUAAAAAACAUGUUGGACACAAGAAAAAAAAGGUUACUUAUGUUGAGGAAGUGUCCAGUAGUGAACCUACAGUGAUUCAUGUUAAAAGAAGGCACAGAAAACAUGAGGAAAAAAUCCCUCAACGUCUAGUGCUGCAUGAUAGAUCAAUCCAAACAUUCUCACCAACCCACCAUCAUCCAGUGGUGAGGAUCUCCAUGAAAAAUGAUGCGGGCACCAACAUCCCGUCUCCAACAAGGAGGAACAAAACUCCAAGGAAGUCGAGAGCAGUCCAAACAACCACAGCAGAACAAGAAUCUUUGAAUGACACAAUUACUUACGAGCCAGUGGAGGAGGAUAAAGAAAAUAAUGUUGUAUCUGAUCCAAAAGAAAAAUCCAGGUUUUCAAGUUUCUAUGUUGAUUUUGAUUCAAAAUCGAAGAAACCGACAACAGCAACAAAGCAAGCGAAUGCAGUGAUGCCGAAAAGUGUUGCCUGGUAUGAACCGUACCGAUACGAACCUCCAUGGGGUAAACCACACACCAUUAAUGAGGAACCAGAGCGACCGGGGUUGGUCAGGCAGAGUUUACAAGAUGCAUUAGUAAGUCACCAUCCCCAGUUUGUGACUAAAUCUCGGCAAAGACAAAGAAAGAUUGCUAUUAGCUCCGAAGAAAGAGCAAUGCAAGAGAUAUGGGCUGAAGAAAGAGAGCGAGUAUUUGGAAAGAAGAAAGAUAUAACAGAAAAAAGGCGAACAACAACACCAGCAGUUCCAGUGCGUCGCCGUGUUGAGAUGACGAGAAAGCAAAUAAUCGCGGAGACUCGUGAAAAAUACAAACAACUCCCCGAGGUUGUGAACAGGAAGAAAGAAGAAGAAAGAAAGAGAGAAUAUUCAACCAACAGACACAAAGCAUUGAUGUAUAAAAAGAAAGUACAAAACCAAGUCCUGGGGCGCUGUUUCAACAAUUAAUAAAAAGUGCCAAGACGUUUAAAAAGUUACUGUCGUCAUGUAUUCUUGUUAAAUAGGUAGAAUGUUCCAUCUGCAGUGCUUAAGUGUUCUAUUAUCCCAUAUUUCAAAGAAAAUAUUCCUCCAAAGUUUAUUGUUUGUGUAUUUGUAUUGUACUAUUGUAGCUUGUAGAUUUCAGAAUACACAAGUUUUUGACAU